CAAAGUGUUCUCCUUCUGGAAGAUUGUACAGAAAGUAGACUCCUUGGCCUUGUGCAGAAGACUGCAGAAUAUGCGAUUUUUGUAUUUACUCACAGAAGGAUGGCAAUCACAGGGGAAGAUAUUGCACUGACACAAGUAAUCCCCAUAACAGAAGACUUCUGCAUUGAAGAAGUACCAAGUCAUGAUAUAUCUGUAAUAGGCUCAGACAUUGUUGUGAGGAUGAUGUCAGAUGAUGUGUGUCUGCAGGUGCAGCUGCCGUUUGGCUCACAGACAAGAUGUUUUCUGUAUGAAACCAACAAGGCAUAUGAAGGAUUACUCAAGCGUACAGUGAGUGGGGUUUCUCCACAAUUCUUUUGGCUGAAAAAGUAUCAACAAAGAACACUUGCAUCGACAUCCUCCAGCAACAAGCCAACGGAUGCAUGGGAGAUGUAUGAAGACACUAACCUACACGCUGUAAAGACUGUGGAAACUGAAGCAGACUCUCCGUCUGACAACUCUGUACAGCAUGGAGGCAAACAGAAGGUGAAUAGAAAGUCUGAAGAGAACCACCAUGAAGACCGCAUUGAUAGGAAAGGUGCUCCAAAAGGUGAUGCAGUUGAUGGUAAGGUGCGGAAUGCUAAUGUGAUGUCUGCAAACAAGGCACAGAUCUUAUCAAUGCAGAAGUUUGGGCUAAGAGAUAACAUGAUCAAGUCACAGCUGCUCAUUAGAGAAGAUUCAUAUACUUACAUCAAAAAUUUCAAGUUCUUUGUAGGUACAUACAAUGUGAAUGGGCAAGCUCCCAAGGAAAGUCUUCAUCAGUGGCUGAGUUGUGAUCCGGAACCUCCUGAUGUUUACUGUGUGGGAUUCCAAGAACUUGAUCUAAGCAAAGAAGCAUUUAUCUUUAAUGAUUCGCCCAGAGAGGAGGAUUGGUUAAAAGCAGUAUCAGAUUGUCUCCACCCUGGGGGCAGCUAUGCCAAGAUCAAGCUUGUAAGAUUGGUUGGAAUAAUGUUGAUAAUGUAUGUAAAGAAAGAGCUUGCAGAACACAUUUCUGAGGUAGAAACUGAAACUGUUGGAACCGGAAUCAUGGGACGAAUGGGCAACAAAGGUGGAGUUGCUGUGAGAUUUCAGUUUCAUAAUACCACCAUCUGCAUAGUGACUUCCCAUCUGGCAGCUCAUAUAGAGGAGUAUGAGAGACGAAAUCAGGAUUACAAGGAGAUCUGUUCCCGAAUGCAGUUUCACCAGUCAGAUCCAGCACUACCCCCGUAUACUGUAAUGAAACAUGACGUCAUUAUAUGGUUGGGAGAUCUGAACUAUAGGAUAACAACAAAUGUAGAUGUGGAGAAAGUUAAAAAGCUCAUUGAUGACAAGGAGUUUGACAUACUUCUCAAAUAUGACCAACUCAGUCAGCAGAUGGAGAAACAGAAUGUUUUUGAAGGUUUCACAGAGGGAAAGAUUACUUUCCAGCCAACCUACAAGUAUGACCCUGGAUCAGACAACUGGGAUACCAGUGAAAAGUGCAGGGCACCUGCCUGGUGUGAUCGAGUUCUGUGGAAAGGUAAAACCAUCCAGCAGCUCCAGUACCGUAGUCAUAUGUCAUUGAAGACGAGCGACCACAAACCUGUCAGCUCAUUGUUCGACAUUGGGAUCAAGGUAGUGAAUGACGAACUUUAUAAGAAAACUUUAGAAGAAAUUGUACGCUCUAUCGACAAAAUGGAGAAUGAUUCCAUUCCUUCUGUUACACUGUCACAAAAUGAGUUUCACUUCAAGAAUGUAAAGUUCAUGCAGCUGCAAACUCAGACGUUAACAAUACAUAAUGAUGGGCAGGUGCCAUGCCAAUUCGAGUUUAUAAACAAAUUGGAAGAAACAUCAUUUUGCCGAGACUGGUUGAAUGUUAGUCCUCCCAAAGGCUUCCUCUUAGAAGGUACUGACUUAGAGAUUAAUCUAGAAGUUUUUGUAAAUAAAUCUACAGCUACACAGCUAAAUUUGGGUGAUGAAAAAAUUGAGGAUAUAUUAAUCCUACAUCUGGACAGAGGAAAAGACUUUUUUGUAGCAAUUUCCGGAAACUACUGCCCAAGUUGCUUUGGAACUUCCCUACCGGCUUUGUGUUACAUGAAAGAGCCUAUCCAAGACAUGCCUGCUGAAACGAUUCGAGAGAUGUGUUUGCGACCCCUCCAGCUUAAUGAGUUCAGCGACUUAGAGGAGAAACCACUCGAUAUUCCCAAAGAAAUAUGGAUGAUGGUGGACCACCUAUACCGAAAUUCUUCUCAGCAGGAAGAUUUGUUUCAGCAGCCGGGUCUGAGAUCAGAAUUUGAAGAAAUCAGAGACUGUUUGGACACAGGAAUGCUAGAUACUCUUCCUGGCAGCACCCAUUCAGUAGCUGAGGCACUGCUUCUGUUCCUGGAGGCUCUUCCUGAACCUGUGGUCUGUUACAGCUUCUACCAAGAAUGUUUAGACUGCUGCACAAACUUGCAGGCUGCACAGCAGAUUAUCUGUAGACUACCUCAGUGCCAUCAGAAUGUUUUCAAAUACCUGACAGCUUUCCUACGAGAGCUUCUUGGAAAUGCAUCUCGUAAUAACCUGGAUGAACAUAUGCUUGGAAGCCUGUUUGGAGGGUUAUUGCUGAGACCACCCCCUUCGAGUCCUAAGCCUGACAUAAUGGCUAAGAAGAAGGCACAAGAUUUUAUCAAGCUCUUCCUAGUGAUGGAACAGGACUUGCAUUAGUAUUUCAAGGCCAAUCGUGUUUUUAGGGUUUUUCCUUUGUCCUUAAAAUUUGUACAUUUAGUGUAAAAAGUAUUUUAUACACAUUUCAAGUGAUUUAUCAUGAGUUUUAUUGACUACAUGUAAUAAGUAAAUGAAGUAUUGUUCAACAAAGUUAGAUCUUCAAGUCAGCCUUUUUGAGUAGGUGGUUAAUAUACGAAUAUCUGAAGCCACAAGCAGAGUUUUGAAUAGAAAGCUUCACGAGCAGCAGUGUUUGCACGGACCACUGAUAGGCAUACUGCUAACUAGUUUAUUAGCCUAAUAAUUCCACAGUUGAUUUGCCACUGAGCUCUACAUGCCGCAACAUCUCUGUCCAGAUUUCAGUCAUCUUUAAAAGUUGUUUCAAGACUGGUGAUUUGCUGAUUUUUCUUCUGUUCACAAGUGAUUUACUGGUUUCUUUAUAAUACAUAAAGGAUGUGGGAGAACGUGAAGACAAUGUGGAAGAAGAGAAAUGAGCACUAUUAAGUUCUUGAAAAAGGUGUCAAGAACUUUUAAGUUUGUAAACUUAAAGGUGUAUAUAUCUAGGAAUCGUAUGCUCCCUGUGAUCACUCGCCUUGUACGUCGCUAUGUUCCUGUUCGCCAUCACUGCAAGUUUUUCAGAACUCUCAGUGUUAACUUGUUCCCACUAAUGUUUCUUCUUGAAGUAUACAUUCCAUAAGUUCCAUGUUUAUUUCCUUUCAUCACAAGUAAUGUAUAGGGCUGUGGUCCUUUUUGUAACUAUUAAUUGUUAUGUUUUAUCUGCUGACCUUUUUAAUCAACCUGUAGAAUUUUUGUGGCAGUUUUUCUUAUCGCACCAUUUUUUAGCCGUUUAACUUUAUGCUGUUAACUAUAUCCUUUUGCCCUUUCAUUACUUUGUUGUUAAUUAAGACCCUUUUGUCUGUGCCUUUAUAAGUGACUUUUCAUAAUAGAAGUUUCUUCAUCAGUGACUCUCAUCAACAGUAAAGAUCUCACAGCUUUUUAGCUUUUUUAAAAAUAUUCUUGACAGUGACAAAUGGCUAUAUUUUGAGUUAGAUUUGUGUACAGCUAUGCUGCAUAGUCAUAGCAAUGUUAAAAAGUUUCAUAUAUGUUAAUGGUUGUAUUCCAAAGCAGUAAUGUCAUCAGUGCAGAGUGCUACGUUUUCACAAUUGUGCAGCUUUGCAGAUGUGUUUCCUGCAUGACUGCGUCUGCCCAAAGCCAUCUGCAGCUCACUGGAUCUCUGUAUAUUAUAUCUCUAUGAUUCACUUUCAUGUCAACUCUAAAUGCUACAUCUCUCUUUUGGCAUCUGUCUUCCUGAGGAUAUUUCUUUGUUAACAGAAGCUCUGCAUUUCACAGCACUGGAUUUGUUUCUUCGUGUUCAGAAAUGAGUUGGUGGAUUCCCAGGUAUCUCUUCCUGUCACUUACUGAUAUGCAUAGUAGCACUUGCUUCCUUGAUUUGGUGUCCUAAUCACCAAAGGCAUGUAUGUGUAUCAUACCUCUCAAGUAUACCUCAUUACGAGGAAUGUUCCUCAUUUUGAGUCUUAAAAAGUCCAAGUUUCUCAAAAGUUCCACAUUGAAAGGGUCUGUCAUACAUUCUGUGUUGGGCUUUUUUAACUGAACAUUUUAACCAUUCUAUGACCUUCCUAGUUAAAGUUGUUAGUAAGCUGUUUGAAGGUGUUCCACAUUUUGCCCAUUUGUUCCACAUUUUGAGAGGCUGUGUUCCUCAUUUAGGAGAUCGAAUGUUGAGAGCUAUGAUGUGUAUUGGAAGUCUUUAUUUCCAGGAAAUGGACCAUAUAAUUAUUAACAGGAAAUCUUAUGCUGCAUUUUUAAUUUGUCCUUGACAUUUUCUUUAUGUGGUGACCAGGGCAUGUACUCUCAUUCUUUUGCCUUUCUUGUUUAUAUUUGUAGCAUGUAUUGCCUGCUGUUGGAUACUUGUAUGGUAACUUAUUAUUUAGACUUCAUUCCUAGAAAUGUGUGCUAUGUCUUCUGCUAAGAAAGCUUUGCUCAGGAUUCUUGUCAUGUAUAACUUUAGUAUUUUAGACUUGCAUUCACACUGUAUGUAUGUCACUCUCUAAGGAUCAAGUUUGCCUUUUACACAGUCUUCAUAUUGAAGGGUGACUAAUAGCCCAACAGCAAAUCAGUGACCAUUUUUGGAACAUGCUGCCAUUUCAGUUAUCUGAAUGCAGUGUGGUGUCUCAAUAGUUUUGAAUGCUGCUAUUGAAAAGCUGUUUAGCUUUAGUCCUGUAUUGCUGCCCCACACUUUCUUUUCUUUCUUAAGUGCAGCCAUGCAUAGUAUGUUGUUAAUCUGCAGUCAUUAUUCAUUUUUACACUCCACUUUUUGUGUUUUCUGUACAUUUUCCACUAUUGUGUUUUCUGCAUGUGAACUUUCCAUCUCUAACUAGCCAAUACAAUGUGCAACAUGUUAAAAAGAAAUAAUACUUGCUAUAUACAUGUAUAUUUUUUAUCCUCACUCAGUCCAUAUUAAAGGAAGAUAAUAAGUAUACCUGUAUUACUAAAGUAUUAAAAAUCCAUACUUGCAUAUAAUUAUUCAUAAAGUUGCUGAUGAGCAGAAGUUGUCUUAAUUUACCCCUUCCAAAAGGCAUGGUACAAUGUAUUAUAUACACAACUCUUCCCCAAUUGCUCUUUCCUAGAGUUCUUUCUUCCUCCAUUUAAUUUCAACUUUGUUUCACAUAAAUUAACUUCCCAUAAGUUGCAUUCCAAUGCGUUCAUUGUUUUGUGUAUUAUUGAAUUAGUUUGCUGCAGUUAUUGCAUGCUGUUUUUUCUUAUGUAUUUUUGUGUUUUAGUUUUCUUGUGUAUUAUUUUAUUUAUUGUUAAUUCAUUCUGCAAAGUUUGUGUUUUUAUCUUAUGUAUUUUUCUUGUGCUGAACCUGAGUAUAUCUUUUUGUAUCAAAAGUGUACCUUGAUCCACAAAUCUAAGUAAUUAAAAAUAAAUACAUUUGGUUUAAUGCCAAGCCGAUCAUCAUUCCUUAGAUCUAAGCCUUAAGAUAAUAUUUGUCUAGUAUUCAUUUUCCUUACCUCUGGAUAUUCUCACAACCAGCACGGUCUGUUAGAAUAAUUUUGUCAACUUGGCCAACUUCUAUCUUGCUUUCAUUUUAUCUUGAAGUAAUAUGUUUUCUGUUGAUUAUUUAUCUGCAAGUUUUGAGAACAGUGUUGUAAUUUUAUUUCUCUAGAUUAUCAGCACAUAUUCUGUACCGGUCUGUGCUGCCUCGCCUGUUGUAGUUAGAUUAGUUGUUAUAACUACCAUUGUUACAUAUAUUUUCUCUUAAUUUCAUUCAUGAAGAUAACUCCUUUUCUCUGUAAUCAUUAUAGGAACUACCUUUUUGACUAAAUGAAGCUGUCUGUUCUUUGUGUGAUUAAAUGAAGACUGCAGCAAAGGCUUGGAAGAGGGGUGUCUUACUAAUUAAGUAUUCUGUUCUUAAUGGAACUUCCUCAAACAGACUGUUAAAAUUAUUAGCACUGAGACACACUUCCCAGUCAAUACAUGAUUUAAACCUAAAAUUUACAAAUGAUGUGUUCAUAGAUUUGUAAAUGCUUACUAGAUCCCUAAGGAUCUUUAGAAGCCUAACCAUAAAUUCCCAUGAAGGUUUUAGCCCCUAUAUGUUCGGUAUGAGUGACCCAGAGAUAAGCAGAACAUUUACAUAUUGCCCCUAUGUAUUAGGAGCAGGGGUGAAUUUGGGUUGCUCAUCUAUUCACCCAGAUUACGUUGAAUAGUGUAAGAGAAGUACUGUGCUUUAUGUGGAGAGGAAGACAAUUCCAAAGAAAUGGUAUUCUCUGUGAUACAUAUCUGAAGAGACUGAGAUCUCUUAAGCUGGUGUUUAUGUCCUCCAGUGGACUUGGAAUGUGCAGUAGGCCUGACAACAGGAUAAGGUCUGUUGAGGCUGUACACAAGGUGGAGAUCUCCGCUUACUACCCUGUAGAACGCAGAGAAGAGGGAAAAGACAUUGAGAUGGCCCACGUAGUGUUUAUCAUUUAGGCCUUUUAUUUUCUUAGAAAAUAUUGUGGCAUUCAAGUUCUUUCAAAUGUUUGGAUGGGUACAUACUGAAGGGCUGUUAUAGUCUAUGUUUGACUUGCUGAGUGUGGAAUACAGUGGAAUGAUCAUAUCCUUGGACCUAGUCACCCUGCAACAAUAAAGGACAUUCUUACAGCAGUGGAUACGUGGUGAUUGUAGGACAGUCCAUUGUCACAUAAGUUCCAAGGUCUCUAAAUACAGGGUCAGUUUUCAGGAGUGUGUUGUCAAAUGUGAUAGCUGCUUGCUAAAUGGUAUUAUUAUACAUUUCUUGGCAUUUAGUUUUUGUCCAUGAUUUUUACACCAGCUGUUGAUUUGGGAAAGGCCCUAUUACAGUAUCUUUAUGGCCUCUGGGGAUUGUUCAGCACAUAGUGCCUUUGUCUGAGAAAGUUAUAGUAGGAGCAAAACACUUACGAAUCAUUAUAAAGUUUCUCUUUUCCUAAGUUUUGUGAUACCUUUGUUUUAUUUUACUUAUAAUUUUAGUGGCAUUACUGUGUUGCUUGACUAGUCCAUUAAAUUCCUGUUUAGCAUUUCUACUGUGUCCUUUCCAGCAAGAAAACUGGCUGCCUUGUUGACAUCAGUGCAUUCAACAUGAUCUGAUUCACAUUCUGGCAUGUUUUCUGACCAUCAGAACUUCUACACUCUCUUGUUGGUAUAUUUGUCUUUUGUUGCGAGUCAUCCCAUUGUAGGUUUUUGCAAGAUAAAUGCCCCAUUUACUGUCACUUCCUACUACAGUUGUUGUGUGUUUUACCAUGAUCUACUGUUAUGUCCGAUCACCUUGUAACUCCAAGGUCUCAAGUUGUGCAUCAUCAUUGAUUGCGGUUUUCCUUACCUUACUGCUCACUUCUUGUUUUUUUUUUUUUUUUUUCCAUCUGUUUUGACAUUACUCACAGUUUUGGCCAUUUAGUAGUUGCAUUUUCACUAAACACUCCAGUGCAAUGGUAUGUAUGUUAGUACUGACUAGCUCCCACGAUGUCCUAAUUGCAUGUCUCUGACUUUGUGCUUACAUGUACCAUUUCCAAUUUUAUCUUGACAGAUUAGUAUUUCCGACUGUCAGUCCCAGAAUCCAUAAUAGGUCUCAUUGAAUGAUGUAUUUCCGUAUCAUCUUUUCUGUGCCGUAAUAAAUAUAGCUUUCUGUUUCAUUAAGCAUCCGUCAUGAUGGGUUCUGAUUUCACCUCUUGAAGUUAAGGAGUAAAACCAAGUUAGUUCCCAUGAACAUAUUCAUUCCUUUCCUGCAAGAAAGUGAAAUCCUAGUAUAAUCCUUGAGAUGGUGGCUCUUCUUUCUCUUCAGGGAUAGCUCAGAGAUUGCCCUGCCUCUGCAUUCAUUUGGGUGAGACUUGGAAGGCAGGCAUUAACCAUGCAGCUUCAAUGCACUGAUUUUUGGGAUGAAAGGGAGGGUGUGACUAAGCUAAAUUGUGCUUGCCACAUUUUGUCUAUCAGAACACAUAAUGACACAUCUACUAAUGCACCCCCCCCCCACCCACCCAAACACUUCCAAUCAAACAGCUGGCUGCUAGCAGUCAGAAAAUAUCAUCCACAAGCAUGCAGCUGUAAGCAUAACCCUCAACUCUUCCCUGGGAUGUUAAAAAGCUGAGAAAAGCCCACCCAGUGCCCCAUUACCCAAGCUAAUAAUCAAACUCUGUUUUUUUGUCUGUGUCACUGUACUGGGUUACAUGUACUUUCUCAAAACAGUGUCUUUUGUCAUGGGAAAUGAUUUCUGUCUAGGUUCAGCCAGUGUGCAUCCUUUCACUUUCAUAAAGUCUGCGCAGCAGUAAUUCAGAACCUGCUGCGCCUUUGAAAUUAAGUGCACUUUUCAUCAAUUGAUUAGAAUAAUGGAUUGUAAUGCAAAUUAAAGUAAAUAUUACCUACUGAUUGACUUAAUGGCAGUUUGUCAAUAAUCAACAUUUAAGUAGGGUACUGUCAUUUGUAAAAUCUUUCAGUAUUAAGAGUAGUAUUACUUUAAUGUGAAUGGUAUUUGCAAUUUAUUUUGUUUUGUUAGAACUGAAUAAUAACUUCUACAUUCUCUAAAUUACUUUUUGCAUAAUAUUGCUUGUGCAUGGGCUGUCAUAACCCCCUUUAUUCUGCCACGUAAGAACUGGAUGGUAGAGUUAAGAAGUGCUGCCCCCACCCUUUACAGAUGGUAUUACGAAAAAUCAAGUUUGGAGAUGCUGUUCAUCAGGGUUAUGUCUGCAUAGCGAAGCAUCAGGUGCAAGCCACUAUGCACACUCCAGCUUUCCUUAAAGUUGUACACUUUUCUUUAUUGUAGUAACAAAUGUGCACAUUAUUACUCCAGUAUCAGCCUUUUCCAUGUUUCAUGAAGGAAUCGUCUUUUGCUUUACUGGUGGCUUGUAUUAGCAAAGAUAUUCCUAAGUAAUCUAGUUUUUAAGAAUAAAGUCAAUUCACUGGGUACUUAGGAUCAGAUUUGCAGUGUUAGUGGAGCAACAGAUAGCACAUUUAUUUUUGGUACAGAAGGCUGUGGGUUCUAUUCCCACACCAGGCAGAUUUGAUUGCUAACACUGCAAUGCAGCGGAAGGGGAGUGCUGCACUCCUGAGUGUGUCACCCUUCAGAUGAGGUAUUAAACUGAAGCCCUUUCUUUUUGAAUUGGUGGUAGAUCAGGUGAAUGUAAGAUUCCACAGCACCUAUCGAGAAGAGUAGGAGAAGUUCCCCAAUGCCCUGGCCAAUUUCCUCUAGUAGUAUAAAUGCCACCUUGGAUCUCCUUCCCGAUAAAAGGCUACUAUCCUAGUGGGACUAACCUGAUCAACAAAGGAUAAAUAAUAAAUAAAUAAACAAAUAAAUUUGUUCUCUUUGAGAAAUAGAAAUUUAAAAUAGUAUCCUUCUUGACCUUAAUUUGUCAUAACUGCAUUUAUUUUAUAUUUGUAAAUUUAUUUUGCAUAAAAUUGAUAACGUGAAACAGGCAAAAUCAUAGCUUUAAAUCAGAAUGAAGUAUGUCUCACUGAAAACUGAAAUGUCUUUAAAACAACUGCAUCAUAUCCACACAUAAUUCAGAGCAUGCAUGCAGUCCUACAGCUGUAGGUAUAAGGAUUAACACACUCACAGUGACACAGUGACAAAAUUGUUGUGAAGGGGAUGAUGCUUCUCACAGCCCCAUGUUGGAGGAUUCCCCCCUUGCAUAAUUAUUCUAACACCGUCAUUACCCUUGUCAUUGGGGAAGGGUCAUUGUGGCUCAUAUUGAGUUUACGUGCAAAUUUGCAUUGCUGAUCUUUAUUCAACUCUUACAGAAAUUGUGCAUUCUUAUGUAGUCCAAAUUCAGAUCACCAGCCCUUUAAUAAUCAUGUAUACCUUCAAGAUAGUAUUUCUCAUUUAUGCCAUGCUUCAAAAGUGUCUUGAAUUAUAAGAAAUGAUAACAGUGUAGCAAAAAUUAAAAUAAAAAACUGUGCAGCCUUUGACGUGUACGUCAUGCCAGAGAAGAUAAGUCUUUGGUUUUGGUAUCACAGACAGUGGCAGUUUAUAACAUGCAUUUUCUACCAUAGUAUAUUGUGUCAGAGAUAAAUUAUGGUGUUUUGCUUUCUUGCAAGAGCACUUAAUUCUGCAUUUAGGUAUAGAAAAAAUAGAGUAGUAAGUCAAACAAUUCAAGAAAAUAAUCCUGUACUUUCCAUGUUGAAUGCAUGUUUGGCAUCCCAGGAUUUAAAGUCUACCUUAGUUUGUGUCAGCCAGUGCGAAUAGUGUUUCUAGAUCUACCAUGAAGGUCAGCAGUAAAGAUGAAUGAAAGACCUUAUGCUCUCUGUAGUGGCCAUGUGUUGCAUCAAAGCCAUUCUGGCCUUUGGCAAGUCCUGGUAGUUCAUCCUAAAACAGAUGAUCAGAGUCUUCCUGAAUUCUGGCGUACUACUCCUUCAUUUCUGUAGAACUCUGACACACCAUGCUGUAGAAACAGAAAUCCAGGGAACAUUUUAUGCUUCUUUACUGAAUUUGAAAAUUAUUUGACUGGGUUGCUUGACGGUUUCAUGAACACUAGUUGAGAUCAUCUGCAGCCAUAGUUUGUCAAGUUAACUCUUAAAAUAUUUAUUUAAUUUAUUUAUUUUAUCCUUGAACUGGGUUAGCCCCACUAGGGUAGUGGACUCUAUUGCAUUGGAUAUCACUUAGAUCUUUCACAAAAAGCAGAAGUCAGUAUUUAAACAUACAUAAUUUUUGUUAGAAAAUCAGAUGGAUUCUGAACAUGAUGCAGUAUUUCAAAAUGGAUUUAGUAAUGUAUCCCAUUUCCUUAACUUGCUAUGACUGCAACUGCAAGGCUUGAAUGUCUCUCUUACAAGUGUGCAUAUUAUGUAGGACCUCAUUAAAAGUUGGUCUGUAUUCUUCCUUUAUGCCAACUGAAGAAUUCCAGAACAGCUUCAUAACAAAUAAGUUAAUUAAUGAUGUAUCGCAAGUCUCCACACAAACCCAGACUGGAGUUUGUUUACGGUAACUCGAGAUUUUGUCGUUGCAGUUAACCAGGUUGGUCUGUACAUGGUAGAAUGAUUUAUUGCCAUUUCAGCUAUGAAUCAGUGCUGCCUGGGUACUGCAUUUCUUUAAGGCGUUACACUCAUCAGUUCCUGUUUGAGAUUUAUUGCUUGAUUUCUGAAGAGGCAUUGCUACAGCUAGACAUUUGCAGUACAUGCAUUUUCAUUAUAUGUGUGGAAUUUCCUUUUCUAUCCACCUUUUUUUUCAGAACAGCUUGGGACAGUUGCUAAACUGCUGUCUGGUAGUCAUUCAAUCUUGUGAAAACAAUAUAUUGCCUUGUUAUGUUGAACCACAGUUAUUCAAAAGGCCAUGAUCAAAAAUAAUUGGAGUGGGAGGGUGGCCUAAUGGUUAAGGUGUUUGCCUUACAAAUACAAGAUACAGGAUUUGAAUCUCACAGGGGGUAAUUGGCUAGGCGUGAAAUGGCUCACAAGGGCAGUUAGCCUAGUACUAAUCUAUGAACCUAUACAGGUUGACAACCUCUGUUUAUUGAUAUAUUCUGACACAUUUUCUAUGAUGUGGAGUUACUAAUCCAUAAUGGGAGGGGUGCUGAGUUGAAACCACCCAUAGUGUCUUUUAAAAGAGUAAUAAUUCUUGUAAUUCCAGCUCAAUGAAAGGAGCUCACUAACUUUCACUGUCAAUGGCGCUUUCAGGGAAGCGUUGUCAGAAAUGUAGCUCUGUCACUAUUUUCACCAAAGAAGUGUACUAGUCAUAUGGGAGACUACAUCAAGGAAGACAAAAUACAUGUAAAGGAAUGCCCUUCAUUAGAUUUCCCAGAGGAUUUGUUGCCGCACACUGUGCUUUGCUAUCCAUUCCACUUUAGAUCUACCACAGGAAGGGAUUUUAGCUGUUGUGUUUAACGAGCAGUAGGUCCUGUCAUUACAUCUUUACUUCUACCUGAAAAUCAGCAUGACCAUGAACUUGAUUAUUCUGGAAAAAAAAAACAACUGAGUACUUCAAGGAACCACUCAGUCACACUCCUGAUGAGCCCGCAUUUUAUACUACUGUUUUUGAGUUAUGUUGAAAUGAACACUGAUGUUGAAGCUUUCUAGCAUGUUUGUAUAUGUGGCAAAGGGUAGUUUUAAGUACUGUAACUUAUGUCAGGAGACAUAAAGAUUAUUUGUGAUACGUUUUUUGUAACUGUUCUUUUUUGCUGUACAAGUUGUUAAAGGAGUAGUCCAUUCAAAAUUAGAAGCAACACAUGCUUUGCAUUAUUUAUAUUCUGUGAGAGCUCAUUGUGUGUUCUUAACUUUGUAAACAUGAAAGAUUAUUUGUAAUUAAAUCUGUUAUUGUGUAGUAACUGUGAGGAAUCUUUUACUCUUUAACAUUCUGGCCACUUGCCUUACUGUAUUUUCUUGUUUCAUUUGACUGAUUGUGACACAACCUGUCCCUUGGCUUCAGUAAGCAUUACUAUAUUCUCUGCUUAGUUUUGUGAAACUAGAUAGUUGAAUUGAGUAGGCUAUUCUGUUUGAGAACAACUAGAGUCUUUAUACCUUGGUCAUUAAUAACCUACUCCAUUUGUGUGUGUUUUUAUGGAAUUAAAAUGUUCAGAACCAAGAUAUCCUUUGUCAUCAAGGUCUAGUCCAUUUAAAAAGGACACUACAUUUCACCUGUUUUGGAAUAAUUUGGUUGUAAUAUUUUAUACGUAACAAUUUGCUUUUAUUAAUUAAGGGAUAUCAUGUAUCUGCUAUGUUGACAGUUAAUUGUAAAGUUGUCUGAUGAAUUAGCCAGCUUGCAUUGUUGCCCUUUGGAGUAGGGAGCAGCAUCACUGAAACAUGAAGAACUUGAAAAUGUUUUGACAUAAAUUCCUGAGGUCAUAAAAUAUUAUAACAGUAAUAGGCAGCUUUAAGAGAAAAUACUAUUAGCAUACCAAUGACAACUCUCUAAAAUCAAAUUAACUCAUUGUGGAGUUGCAGAUUUGGGAUGGAUUACUCAUUUAAUUUUCCACCAGUUACAGAACAGUGCUGUAUUUUUUUAAAUAAAUUGUUUUAUAUACCAGUAAAAUAAAGUGUAAAAACUGACAUGCUUAUAUAUUUUAGUAAUUAUUUAACAUUUAUUAAAAAUAAAUGGAAUUAAAGAGUACUAUGGUCACUUUUUAA